AAUAAAAAAGCGUAGGUGGUCGCACGUGCGAGUAUGAAACUCGCAUUUCAUUCAGAAAUCCAACUAUUCCUACUUUUCCGUCUACUGAUUCGCUCGGCUCUGGUGUGUUAAAAACCCGCGAGCUGGGCGACCGGCAUGAUCGCGAGCGCGGCCAAUACUCCGCUCUACACCCCGCCAUCGGGGCCUCCCCUCGACCACUCUUCAACCACUCGCCAUUGCCCUUCCAACUCAUUCACCCUCAGCUUCCCACCCACCCCCUUCCCAGAUCCUUCUCUCUCGCUCUCCAACCACUCCCGGAUGGACUUCGCCGGACGACUCGCCACCAGUUGCUUCCGCACCCGCAAAGGCCUAAAGGUGGAAGCUGACUUCGCUGCCGAGGAAUUCUUUUACCCCGAUGCCAAGGCGCCGCCUGAGCACCUCGUCAUCAUGGUCAAUGGUCUAAUUGGGAGUGCUGCAGAUUGGAGAUACGCGGCAGCGCAAUUUGUCAAGAAGCUUCCUGAUAAGGUUAUCGUACAUCGCAGUGAGUGUAACACUUCAAGAUCAACAUUUGAUGGCGUUGACACAAUGGGAGAAAGACUGGCUGAAGAGGUACUAGGUGUCAUAAGACGUAGGCCAGAGUUGCAGAAAAUUUCCUUUGUGGCCCACUCUUUAGGUGGGCUUGUCUCGAGGUAUGCCAUUGGAAGGCUUUUUGAUCAUAUCCCUCAAUUGGAAUCCUCAGGGGCUCCUCAAAGUUUCUCUGCUGAAGAGAAGAAGCAACAUAUUGAGCAAUUCCAUCGUGCAAGAAUUGCUGGAUUGGAGCCUGUGAACUUCAUAACAGUUGCAACUCCCCAUUUAGGUUCACGAGGAAAUAAACAGUUUCCAGUUCUUUGUGGUCUUCCUUUCUUGGAGAGAAGAGCUUCUCAAACAGCACACUUAGUUGCCGGAAGGUCUGGAAAACAUCUAUUCCUCACUGAUGAUGAAAAUGAUGGGAAACCUCCUCUUCUCCUUAGAAUGGUUACUGACUCUGAAGAUCUAAAGUUCAUCUCAGCAUUACGUGCAUUUAAGCGUCGGGUGGCAUAUGCAAAUGUGAAUUAUGAUCACAUGGUUGGGUGGAGAACAUCAUCCAUUCGCCGUCAACAUGAGCUUCCAAAGUCAAGUGAGCUUAUGAAAAAUGACAAAUACCCACAUAUUGUCUACGAGGAGCAAUCAACCCAUGAUGAUGUCUGCAAUAAAGCAUUGCUGGUUAUAGACCAAAAAUUCGACUUAGAAGAGGAGAUGAUUAGAGGUCUUAAUCAAGUUCCUUGGACACGAGUGGAUGUUAGCUUUCAGAAAAGCAGACAGAGAUACAUUGCUCACAGUACCAUUCAGACCUACGGAAUGAUAUAGUUAGCUUCUGAACACCUAUUGCUCAAGCAUCGACUCUGUGUACCUCUGUUCUGCUCUUUGCAAAUCGUUUCCCAUUUUAGCUGUGAACAUAUCUGACGUAUUAACAAACGUUUGAUGCCUUCAGGUGAAGAGCUAUUGGUUGAAUUCUGAUGGUGCAGAUGUGGUUUUCCAUAUGAUCGAUAACUUUGUUUUAUAAAAAGAAUCUCAAACUUGGAAUGAGUGUUUGCAGAUGCACUUAUCUGUAUUUCAUGUAAAUUUUUACCAGCAAUAUAUAACAUGUAUUCUUUAUUAUCAGUGACGAAUCUUUAGAACAUCUUCUUAUACCUUACCUCAUGAUUGUUGCUAAUAUUUCCAUGAUUCUCAACCCCUGUAUUUUCUUCUGUAUAAACACUUUUUUUCCUUUUCUGGGGUUUCCCAGCCUUGAGUUAUGCCCGGAUUUUUUUGGUACCUGUAAGUAUUCCAUAUAUUGAGAGAGUUGAACCUUGAGAUAUCUUU